AUGGCGCAACUCAUCAUACCCGCUGUGCGGCUGAGCCCACCGCUUACCAAUGAUGCCGCCUCAAAAACCCUGCCAGCCAGAAAAUCCAAGCAGCAUGACAGUACCACAGUCGAGGCCUUAUCCCAAGCUUUGAAGAGCGCCAAGACGUCGGUCCGCUCGCUGAAAGGUGGGCUAUCGCAGUCGGACAAGAAUGCAGCAGCUCUCUUGGACGAGCGAAGGCAGGUGCUGCUGGCUAGGCUGCAGCAUGCCGAGACCUGGCGACAAUGGGACAAGGCUGCUCAUGAACUAGAUGUGCUAGAGGGCAACGAGGAAUGGAAGAAGGACAGUUCAGCAGGCGACUACAGUCCCGCCCUCAUCGAAGAUCGUCUGAAAGCCCUCGACCAAGCACGCAUAAACUGCGAUACAAAGACCAUGAUGCACCUCGUGCGCACUGCUCUGGCCAGGGACCUGGGUGGUAUGGGCAACAUUGACUUAUACCGCCAUUCGCAUUGUGGAACCAAGAAGCUCAUUGAGCGCUAUGUCGACUCGGCCCUUCAGACCAUCAACGCUCUCGUCGAGCAGAGCUCCCAGCCCCUUCCCCAAGGCCUGGAGCCCAAGGAUCUGUUGGAUGGCAUGCUUUAUGCUCGCCAGAGUUUCGGCCGGAGUGCACUCCUUCUAAGCGGCGGCGGCACCUUCGGCAUGACCCACAUCGGCGUGCUCAAGGCCCUCUUUGAGGUCAAUCUUCUCCCGCGCAUCAUCUCAGGCGCUUCUGCCGGUUCUAUCGUCUGCUCCGUUGUCUGCUCCAGGACGGAUGACGAGAUUCCUCAGCACUUGGAAGAGUUUCCGUAUGGAGACUUGGCAGUCUUUGAGGAACAGGGGAAUGAAGACGGGCUCAUGGACCAUUUGCGCAGGCUUUUCACCGAGGGAAACUGGUCCGACAUUAAGCAUCUGACCAGGGUCAUGCGCAAUCUUCUUGGCGACAUCACGUUUCAGGAAGCCUACAAUCGUACCCGGAGGAUCUGCAAUAUUUGCGUCUCCUCUGCUUCCAUCUACGAACUCCCAAGACUGCUCAACUACGUCACCUCGCCGAAUGUCAUGAUUUGGUCCGCCGUAGCUGCCUCAUGUUCGGUGCCUCUAGUCUUUAGCGCCGCGCCUCUGCUGGUCAAAGACCCCGUCACCGGAGAGCAUAGCCCUUGGAAUCCAACUCCCCAGAUGUGGAUAGAUGGCUCCGUCGACAAUGAUCUCCCCAUGACGAGGCUCGCAGAAAUGUUCAACGUCAACCACUUCAUCGUAUCCCAGGUGAAUCCUCAUGUGGUUCCAUUCCUAGCCAAAGAUGAUGCCCCAUUUGCAACUCCAGCAGCACAAAGCCAGACGUCUAGGGGCGAGUCUGGCUGGAUUUACAUGCUAGCACAGCUGGCAAAGGAUGAGGCAUUGCAUAGAAUGCAGGUUAUGGCUGAUUUUGGCAUAUUCCCAAAUCUCGUAACCAAGCUGCGUUCGGUUCUCAAUCAAAAAUACUCGGGCGAUAUCAACAUUCUGCCGGCUAUGGGCAUCCUCGACCUUCCCAAAAUCCUGAGCAAUCCAACCACCGACUUCAUGCACCGUUCAUGUCUAUCGGGUGAGCGAGCUACAUGGCCUAAGCUUUCAAGAGUACGAGACCGAUGUGCUAUCGAGCUCGCCCUCGACCGAGCCGUCCAUGCGCUGAAGGCACAUGUGGUGUUUAGUAAGAGUCAAGCCGAUCUGAGACGCAUGGUUACCGGCACUGCUAUUAAACCUGUUGGAGGUAGUCAUCAGCCUCUGGACGCCAUGGAUUCGCCAGUAGCGAGUUUGAUGACGUCCAAGGAAAAGAUGAAGCGUCGACACAGACGGUCCAGCGGUAGUAACCUGCACCCGGCACCGGCGCAUCGGAGGCACUCUUACGCCGCUUUGGAGGUGACGGAUGACGAGACUGACGAAGAAGAACGCCUCGAGAUAGUGUCAAUGAGAUCACGCGCGAAGCCGAAAAUGAAAAUCAAGUGGCCCCCGAACGACCAUAUGAAAACCGGCCCACUGUCCGUCCCGUAUCUAGUCUCAUCAAACGCACCCAAUGCGUUCAGCUUCUCCAAAUCUCCCCCUUCAACCGAUACCACGACUCUGCGCCAGCCGGUCACUCGAGCUUUCAUAACUCCCUCGGCUACACAACACAACCAAAGAGUGGACACCAAUGUGGACAUGUAUCGUUCUGGAGUAGCGGAAGACGCCUCGAACACCUCUCCUGUCCAGACUAGCGAGCUAAACGAACUGGAAACUAGCGAUCCUCACACUUCCGAUGUUGAUGUGAACAGUGUGACGGGGGAGGCUGCCGAGGACCAGUCCGUUGAGACUGCAGAACCGGGAGUGUGUUUGAUAAUACCUCAGCCUGUAGUCACUGAAGGGAGUUCUUAG